CCGCAAACAAGCGUCGGAGCAGGUCAGCGCUUCAUCAGUCCGCCACCGACCCGUGUGCCCCGGUGUGAAAGCGACAGACAGACCCGUUACCUACAGCAGACACAUACCUAUUUAACAGCUUUUGCAGCACUGGCAACCUUGCCCACCCAGGCCCUCUCCCUGCCCCUGUCCCCUGGCCUGCCUUCCGUUUGAGGGUCACCCCCUCUCACCCUACCACAUUCACUUCACUCACAGCCAGCGCAUCAUGGUGGAUGUAACCAAAUGGCCCCUCUUCAGCCUGAUGGAGCCGCAGGAGCUCUCCACGAUCCGGAGAGCAUGCGUGUUUGGAACGUCCGCUAAUGAGGCUAUCUACAUCACCAGUGAUGAUGAGGUGUAUGUGUUUGGGUUAAACUGCAGCAACUGCCUGGGAACCGGCGACAGCCAGAGCACCAUUGUACCCAAGAAGCUAGACUUCCUCAGUGGGAGGAAGGUGGUCAGCCUGAGCUAUGGCAGCGGACCCCACAUCCUGCUGGCCACUGAGGACGGAGAGCUUUUUGCCUGGGGACAUAACGGUUACAGCCAACUGGGAAAUGGAACAACCAACCAAGGAGUGGCUCCGGUGCUCGUGUCUGCCAACCUGCUCAAUAAGAAGGUCACAGAGGUGGCCUGCGGCUCUCACCACUCAAUAGCUCUGACUGACACAGGAGAAGUAUACGCCUGGGGCUACAACAACUGUGGUCAGGUGGGCUCCGGCUCCACGGCGAACCAGCCCACACCCCGCAGAGUGUCCAGCUGCCUGCAGAACAAGGUGGCUGUCAGCAUCGUCUGUGGUCAGACCUCGUCUCUGGCAGUGGUGGACAACGGAGAGGUGUAUGGAUGGGGCUAUAACGGGAAUGGACAACUUGGACUUGGGAAUAACGGGAACCAGCUCACUCCUUGUCGACUCGUGGCUCUGCAGGGUUUAUGUGUACAACAGAUUGUCUCUGGUUAUGCCCACGCUCUGGCACUAACAGACGAGGGGUUGCUCUACGCUUGGGGUGCCAACACGUAUGGACAACUGGGCACCGGCACCAAGAGCAACCAACUGAGCCCAGUUCAGAUCAUGACUGAGAAAGAGAGGAUUGUAGAGAUCGCUGCCUGUCACUCCACACAUACAUCUGCCGCUAAAACUCAGAGUGGUCAGGUGUACAUGUGGGGCCAGUGCAGGGGCCAGUCUAUCGUGCUGCCUCACCUUACGCACUUCACCUGCACUGACGAUGUCUUUGCAUGCUUCGCCACCCCCUCAGUGAUGUGGAGGCUUCUUUCUAUGGACCAUGAUGACUUCUUGACAGUGGCUCAGUCUCUGAAGAAAGAGUUCGACAACCCGGAGACAGCUGACCUCAAGUUCUGUGUUGAUGGCAAAUAUAUCUACGUCCACAAAGCAGUUCUCAAAAUCAGGUGUGAACACUUCAGAUCCAUGUUCCAGUCCCAUUGGAACGAAGAUAUGAAGGAGGUGAUCGAAAUAGAUCAGUUCUCCUACUCAGUGUACCGUUCCUUCCUAGAGUUCCUCUACACAGACAACGUGGAGUUGCCUCCUGAGGAUGCUAUUGGUCUGCUGGAUCUGGCCACAUCAUACUGUGAGAACCGCCUGAAACGUCUGUGUCAGCACAUUAUAAAGAGGGGAAUCACCGUUGAAAAUGCCUUCACUCUGCUGUCUGCAGCUGUGCGCUAUGACGCAGAGGACCUAGAAGAGUUCUGCUUCAAGUUCUGCGUGAAUCACCUCACUGAGGUGACCCAGACCGCUGCUUUCUGGCAGAUCGACGGCAACCUGCUCAAAGAUUUCAUAUGUCGAGCCAGCCGCUGGGGAGCCUUCAAGAACUGACUUCAACCUCAAGGGGAUUAUGGGAACAGAUGCAUAGGGUGCUGUGGGACUCUGGGGGUGACUUCUCUUCUCCAUCGCCCUCGCUCAGCUCCUCGCAGCUUCGUUGACGGGUGGUUACACAGGUGGUUACACAAAUUUAGAUAAUCACCAUCACAUGUCAGAUCCUUCGUUCACCUCAUUCCAGACUAGGAACAGUGUGUUCAUUACGUGAGCUGUACAAACUGAAAUGACAAAGAUCAGGUGAUGGGUAAGAGCAUCAUUCAACUAUCCAGUUACAGUUGUUGUUCACCACAGUGCCUGACUGCCUGUUAAGUUACAUACAUCGUUUAAAGCGAGAGCAGGAAUAAGUUGUUAUUUUUUAAUUUGAAAGAUUCAUGCCAGUCACCUGAUAUAUUACUUUACUUUUUCUAUUAUUCUCUUUUAUUGACCAAGUUUCUUAAGUGUUGCACUUAUUUUGAACUUCAUUAGAAGACUGACUCUUAGUCUGGAUGUACCAUCUGGAUUCAUUGUAUUCAGGUUUGAGGGAUGAGGCUCUUUGCACUUGUAGACGUCAGGACAGAAUGAGUCAUUUGAAGACGGGACGCUGUCCGGAGUUCUGAUUUUUGGCUUGAUUAAGUCUAUAUAGGUUAAACGCCACUCAAUGAUUGAUUAUUGGUCCCAGUGGCUUCCACACCUGCAAUCAUGGUGACAUCUUCAGUCUAGGUUGUAAGAUGUGCUGAAGAUGGGAGCUCAGGUUACAAUUGAAAUUCAGUCUUAAACUGUGACAGGUGUGAAAAUGAUCAUUUGUGGGGUACACGUUUGGAGUCUGUAGGUUGGAUAGUGUUACUUUGUGCAGCUAUAGCUCCAUAACAUUAAGAUAAGCUUAUUUAGUAUUUAUAUUUUCUACCGCACAAACAAUUCAGUCGGUGUGAACUGACUGCUAAACUUGCCUAAAUGCCGUUUAUGGAGCCAGUACAGAUCACUUUAAGGCAUAUACCUUGAGAUUUUUUACAGACACUUUUAUUCUGUUAAAAAGAAUAUUUUACAGUAUUAACAUUUGUGGAGUUGGUUGGUGAUAUUCUGCACUACUGCUGUGAUGAUUUUCAAGAACAUGUUUGCUCUAUGCAAGACAUUUCUUAUAAGAACUCAUUCAAAAUCAUUUAUCAUGUGUAUUGAUUGGUACCGAGUAUUAUCAAGUGCCAUUUUCUGACCUCUGCAAGCAAACGAAUAAAAUUACUCUGAUCUGCU